GAAAAAUAUUGGCAAGUCUCCAUUCAGAUUUGGUUCAACAUGAGCACGUCCGCGGACCACGAAGCGGAAGACGCGCUGAUGGAGGCACCGGUGGCGCAGCAAGACAGCCGGUACUUUUCGGAGGAGCUCUUCGAGUCCCUUCCACUGUCCGAGCCGACACAGCGCAUCCUGAAGGAGCUGAACUUUGUCAAGAUGACCAAGAUCCAGGCCAAGUCGAUCCGGCCGUUGUUGAGCGGCAGCGAUUUGCUCGGCGCGGCCAAGACGGGCAGCGGGAAGACGCUGAGUUUCCUCAUCCCAGCCGUGGAACUUCUGUACAAGGUCAAGUUCACGGCGCGCAAGGGCACGGGGUGCAUGGUGAUCUCGCCGACGCGCGAGUUGGCUCUGCAAAUCUACGGCGUGGUCAAGGAGAUCACCAAGUACCACACGCAAACCCAUGGGAUCGUCAUGGGCGGUGCCAACCGUCGCGCAGAGGCGGAGAGGUUGGUGAAGGGCGUCAACAUUCUCGUGGCCACGCCAGGGCGACUGCUCGACCACCUCCAAAACACCAAGGGAUUCAUCUACCACAACCUGCAGAUCUUUGUGAUCGACGAAGCGGACCGCAUCCUGUCGAUCGGGUUUGAAGAAGAGAUGCGCCAGAUCAUCAAGUGCAUUCCCAAGACCCGGCAGACGAUGCUCUUUAGCGCCACGCAGACCAAAAAGGUGGAGGAUUUGAUCAAGGUGUCCAUGCAGGGCACGCCCGUGUACGUCGGCGUCGAGGACGAUGCCAACACUGAGGCCACCGUGCAAACCCUCGAACAAGGGUACGUGGUGACGCCCAGCGACAAGCGAUUCUUGCUCUUGUUUACGUUUCUCAAGAAGAACCUACACAAGAAGGUGAUGGUGUUCUUCUCAUCGUGCAACGCAGUCAAGUUCUACGGUGAGCUGCUCAACUACAUUGACGUGCCAGUGCUGGACAUCCACGGCAAGCAAAAGCAAAACAAGCGCACGACGACGUUCUUUCAGUUCUGCGGCGCCAAGACUGGCAUCUUGCUGUGCACUGACGUCGCAGCCCGAGGGCUCGACAUCCCCGCCGUGGAUUGGAUCAUCCAGUUUGACCCACCGGAUGACCCGAAAGAGUACAUCCACCGCGUCGGCCGCACGGCGCGCGGCGCCACCGGCUCGGGCAAGGCGCUGCUCAUGCUUCUCCCAGAAGAGCUCGGGUUCCUCAAGUACCUCAAAGCGGCCAAAGUCGGCUUGUCCGAGUAUGAUUUCCCCACGAAAAAGAUCGCGCAAGUCGAAGCGCAGCUCAUGAAGCUUGUGGAAAAGACCUACUACCUGCACAAGUCGGCCAAGGAGGCGUACCGUAGCUACCUGCUCGCGUAUGCAUCCCACGGGCUUAAAAAUAUCUUUGACGUUGGCACGCUGGAUCUGCAGGCCGUGGCCAAGUCGUUCGGGCUAACUGUACCCCCCAAGGUGACCCUUCCAGUGAAAACCGCGGGUAAAGAUGGCAAAAAGCGCAAGCGAGAAGAUGGAGGAACCAAGUACGGCAAGAGCGGCCACCAGUUUAGUGCCGACAACCCCUACGGCAAGAAAGCCAAGCACGAUUCGCGGCAAUUUGCACACUAACUAGACCAUCAUAUCCCAUGUUAUAUCUUUAUAAUGAACACACACGUUUUGCCAAAC